GCCCUUAAUACCUUCAUCCCGUCUAAUUGACUUGGAGAAACUCUGGACGGCGGGCGACACACCCCGCUACCACACCCUGGCCCUGAGUACCCAAAUAAUAAUUUUGCGUUCUCCGUCCCUCCUCCUCUUCCUCUUACCCUUCUUCACUUCUCCCCUCUCUUCAGACCUCCACCCCUCCUCUCCCCUGUGUCUAUCCUCGGGAUUUCCUCCGUGGAUUUGACUUCCUCUAUUCCGUGACCUACCUUUUUUUUUCGCCCACCCAAGUCACUUGGAUAACGCUGCUCGGCACCUCUCCGUCUUCGCUGAUUCCAGAGUAAACGGAGUGACCGACCCUUCGUCUUCGUCCGUUGAACCCGCUUCGUGCAAUUCGCGACUUACCGUUUCUCGCACUUAACUCGCACUUAACCCUCACAAGGGGCCCCGAGACCGAGUUUAGAGAUUCUGUCCGACACGACUCUCGAUACACUCGACGUGCAGUUCGCGUCCCUCUUCACGACCCUCGCCUCCCCUUCGAACUCCCCCGAAUCUCGCGGCCCAGUCGUCGAGAUCAACUUGGAGGAAAUCGAACGUGCCUGGACAACGAGGAAUACAUUUGCGGAACUUGCCUCGUGACGCGCAUUGACUGCUCGGACCUACUAGUUCGUUCUCUCACUGCUCGCGUUACGACAUUGACAAGGCAGCGCCUUCUCAACGCCAUCGCAGACGAUUUUUUUUUUCUGAACCUUCCACUCUCCACCUUUUUGUGGUUCUGUGCAUUCCGUCGCCAGACCACCUUCCCUUCCACCUCACAACACCGACGACGCAACUGAUGCGAUCCGUGGUCUAGACGGUUCAUCCGCCCAUUUCUCAGAUCGAGUGUAACCAUCCGUGUCAACACACCUCCGCCUACAGUUUCGUCUUAUUCUGCCGGACCUGGCUGAUAUUACGUGGGUCCAACACUUGAGUGAACGGGAAGUUGCCGUUUGGUGGGGUUACAAGCAGGUUUAAAAGACCUUCCUCUGAGUGAUAACAGGUGCUGGAGUUUGUCUCGCGCGUGGGCGUGUACACAGACCUCCAUCCUCGCUGAAGGACAUUCCAGUUCUCUAACGGAUCUAUUCACCAUCCAAGAAUUUUCGACUUUUGUCUCAUCAAAAAACACAAUGAGCGCUACAUUCUCCUACGCGCAAGCCGCCAAGGGCGUCUCUGGGAGUGCAGUCCCCAGCAAGACCCCAUCUACAGAAAUAGAAAAGUCUGAAAUCAAGACUGAGGAGCCUACUGAGAGUGUUCCCGUCUCCACUGAGUCCGUGACCACCGCCUCUGAGACCGAGACGCCGCAGGAGCCCGAGACUGCCACGACAAGUGUGGACAACGAUGCCGAGUUCACCACCGUCACCAGCAAGCACGCUCACCGAUCCAAGGCUAACAACAACAACUCCCGGACCUCGUCCCCGAGCGUUCGCUCCAAUGCCGCACAAUCGAAGGAGGGUGAUGCCUCUAAUACCACCAACGGAACCACCGACGCUUCCCCUGAAAAGCAGGAUGCCAAGGCCGAGAAGUCUGAGAAUGGCACUGAGAAUACCAAGGAGAAGUCGGACAAGUCUGAGAAAGCUGAGAAGGAGAAGGCUGCUCCACCCAAGGAGCUGAAGGCAGCUCCUCUCCCUUCCGUUAACAUCUGGCAACAAAGGAAAGAGGCUCAGGAAGCCAAAGCCAAGACUAUCCCAGCCUCCGCUACGGGCAAGGGCAAAUCCGAAGAGAGCCAACAGGAUUCUAGCAAAGCCGGCUCAAAGAAGAAGGGCGCCGAUGGUGCAUCGGAAGGCACCAAGGGCAAGAAGUCCGAUGGCAAGGGUCGUGAUGAGGCUCUGCCCCCCGUUGCGGAUGCCUCUUCAUGGCCCACUCCUCAGGUCGCUCUAGGCGAGGAGAAGAAGAAGGCCCAGGAAAAGACCGACAAGCCCGAGCGAACCGAAAAGAGCCCCGUCGCUCGAUCCCACGGCAAGGAAAAGUGGAUGCCCGUGAACUACGUUCCUACUGCGGUUUUCAACACUCCUCUCCCAACGCCAUCCGGCCGCGGUGGCCGCCGUGCCGCCCGUGGUGGACGUGACGGUGGACGAGGUGGUGCUCACGGUACCGGCGCCGCCGGUGAGAAGGCAGCCUCUGGACAGGCUGCCCAGGGUUCGGCAGCUAAGCAGGCCGCCGGAGAGCGUGGACGCAACGAGACUGGCAAUGGUCGCGCAGCUUCUCUCCCCGCACAGUCUCGACGCUCCACUAGCACCGACGUUGCCAACCAGGAUGCUCGCAAGGGCCAAGCUGCAGAGCGUGGCCGUGGUGGCCGUGGUGCCGAGGAUGCCGCUACGAAUGGCAAGCAAGUCAACGGCGGCGAGCAUUUCCCCCGCCCCCAGCGUGAUGGCAAGCAGUUCCCCCGGAACCAGGAUUCCCGUACUGGUGACCGUAACUCGAAGAACGCUCACAUUGCUGUCGACUCUCAGGCUGCUGCUCGUGCCAACGAGCGCCGUGCCGAGUCCGGUUCCAAGUCUGCGGACGUGAGCCGUGAUGCUACUGGUUUCCAGGACUUCAACCGCGAGCGUGGUGACGCUCGUGCGGAGCGUGGAGGUCGCAAUGCCAACCGCGGCCGUGGACCCUACUCCAACUUUGGCCAGAACCCUCAGUUCGGCAUGGCCAACAACUUUGUGCCCGGCAAGUUCGGCUUCAACGAUCGCCAGCGUUCUCAACACGGAGUUCAGAAUGGCCAGCAACAGAACAACCGGAUGCCCUUGCGGUCACCGUCAUUGCCCGCCGCUGGAGGCAUGUACAACAAUGUCUACCCUUUCCCUGCGGAGAUCAACACCAUGUACCCCUCCUACACCAAUGUGGCUCCUGGCCCAAUGAGCGCAGCCCCCUACCAGCAGUACAUGGAGCCCUUUGGCCUCAUGACCAUGCUGUCCAUGCAACUCGAGUACUACUUCUCGGUUGACAACAUGUGCAAAGACAUGUUCCUGCGCCGUCACAUGGACUCUCAGGGCUUUGUGCCUCUGGCUGUCAUCGCCAGCUUCAAGCGCGUCAAGUCCUUGACCGAGGACUUUGAGAUGCUCCGUCACGUUUCUCGUGGCCUUCGUAACGUCGACUACCAUAUUGGCGAUGAUGGUGUGGAUCGUCUCCGCCCCAAGGAGAGGUGGGCACAGUGGGUUCUUCCCUUUGACCAACGAGAUGCCUCGGCUCAGCAUGAGGGUGCUUCUGUCGCUCAGCACUCCUUAAAGAACGACGAGAACGCCCCUAUCAACAGCCACCUCGAGGGUGCUCCUAAUGGGUCGAUUCACAACGGACCUCGCCAGUUUGUCCCCAACGGCACGACAUCUCGCGGAUCUCCGACGCCGCUUUCGUCCACAGCGCCAGAGUUCCAGCCGGCACAGAAUGAAAUCGCCAAUCGUGCGGACUAAGUUCGCCCCCGAUCAAAUCGUCUCCCGCUCGGUCAGAAACGGAAUGGCCUUCCUCAAGCUUUGACGUGGAUCAGAAACAAGGCUCUCCAUCCAGUUCUGUUAUCGGUCCAACGAAGAAGCCUGCCACAAGGAAGAACCGGCCGUCGAACCCGAAGGGAGCCGGCUUCUCCGAUCCUAAAAGUUUCACCUCUCCCUAUCACCUAUUCGAAAAUUCCCAUCUCUACAAUCCUACGGGACAGUCCUCAGUAACCGACCCUGGGGCUGAGACCGGCCCUCCCUAUCGCACCUGGUCACAGCACCUCCUCCGCAAUUUCAAUCUGCAACUGUACAAUGAAUUUAGGCAACUAGCCCUUGAUGAUUUUUUCACACGACACAACGACUAUGGAAUCACUGCUCUGAUGGGCUUCUUCCAAGCCUCGCUCUUCAGUCCCACCCCCACCCCGGAACAGGUACUUGGCGACAUUGUUCACUUGUCCGAUGACAGAAGAACGAACCUCAGCACUAGGACUUUCGAACUCCUCUGCUCGUCUAUGGCAAGUGGUGUGAUGGAAGGUACGAACCAUCACACCGUUGGCUUUUACUACAACGAGGUGUAUGGCAGGAGACAACGGGCGUGGAGGAAAUACCUUGCUUGAACUCAUCCUCGGUUUUUCUUUCUCGUUUUCAAAUACGUUAUUUUCUUUUUGGGGUCAUAUUCUUUAUCUUUUUUUUAUCCUUCCCGUUUUUUGUCCCCCGGGAUCAUGAUCAGCAUUGUUGUGCUCAAAAGGUCUUGCAUGCAUCGUCGCCUACUUCGUUUCUCAAGCGUCGAAUGGUUUCAUUUCCAUCGCAAUAACCGGCGCCCUGGGUUUCCUGGUCUACCGUGAAGCCUCGGAGUUCAUUUUUACCAUCUAUUCUUCUUGUUUUCGCGAGUCUCCUCUCUAUCUGUGCCGUUUGCUUGAAAUCAUGGGCUUUCUUCUUGUCUGUUACUAAAAUGGUUCUCCGGAGUCCGGGCAUGAUAUUACUGGGCAAAUAUCCCCCUUCUUUCUGCCUGAUACCAUCGGUCUGCCGGGCUCAAAAAAUGAUGUUAAUUUCUUCCUGCCGUUUCUUCUGAUCAUAGAGCUUCUUUUUCGUGUGCUUUUUCUUCUUUUUGUGAGAUUCUCUCUUCUCUGUUUCGCCCAUUCUAUUAUCUUGAUCCAGACCGGGUCGUGCACGGCUCUUAUGCUCUGGACCUUAGCGAGUAUCAACAUGACGGUGUCUCGACCCAGAGCAAUGCAACGGUCGAGAACAGCAAUGAAAAGUGUCUUGUACGGUGUCAACAUUUCUCCCUCCCGAGAUUUAAUUCGGUCCAUCUGCUUCGGCCCUUGAAGCUGCGCAGGUUUGCAGUCGGGCGUCCUUUUGCGUUGAAGGCGCACUGGUUCGUACCUACCGGUCAGAUGACUACUUAACCGAUCAAAAGUCAUAUCUUCAUAGCACCUUCGAUUCUAAGGGUGCAGCAUUUUGUGUAAUGGAGUUUUGUGGUGGGUUAAAAACUUCGUUGCUCGGGGGUUUAUGUGGAGUGCCUGGUGUUUUUGUGAAUACUUAGGUUGUUUCGUUCUCUUGUCUGGGUAAUGCGAUACAUUCUGUGGA